AACAACAGCGGGAAGAGAAACAGGAUACUUUUACAGAAAAAUUAGUUACUCAGAUCAUAAAAAAUCUUCAAGUGAAAAUUUCCAACAUCCAUAUUCGUUAUGAAGAUGAUAUCACAAAUCGUGAGAAACCACUGUCAUUUGGUAUUUCUUUACAAAAUCUCAGCAUGCAGACCACUGAUCAGUACUGGGUUCCAUAUUUACAAGAUGAAACUGAGAAACUAGUUCGUAAGUUAAUUCGAUUGGACAAUCUUUUUGCCUACUGGAAUGUACAGUCUCAGAUGUUUUAUCUUAAUGAUUAUGACAAAUCAUUGGACAACUUGAAGAAUGGCGUUGUUAAUGAAUAUAUUGUUCCAAAAGGUUAUGAUUUUGUAUUUCAGUGUUAUGGAGCUUCUUGAAUCAGUUGAUAUGAUGACACAAAACCUGCCAUACAGGAAAUUCAAACCUGAUGUUCCUCUUCAUUUCCAUGCCAAGGAAUGGUAAAAAUGCCUUUUAAGUUUGUUUGUUUGUUUUGUUUUUUAAUAAUGAUUUAAAACAUAUGGCAAAAAAGUAAGUUUCUUAGACAUUAUUUUUUUUAAGGUAGUCUUUUUAAGGUCUUGAUACAAACUUUGAUUAAAUUGAUUUGUGUCUGGAAAUGUAUGUAGUAGCUGUUUUUGUUAGUAACACUGACUCAAGGGGUUCUUUAUAACCGUUUAUAGCUAGAGAUAAUAAAAUACCGUAAUUUUUAUUUACUAUAGAGGGAUCAGUGUUUUUGCAAUUAUUUAAAAACUAUCUUGGUUUGUUUUCUAGAAAUAUCUUCUUUAUUUCCUUCAAACUUUCCUGUCAGACCCACUAAGUCUAUUUAUUAGACAUGAGUUUUAAAAACUGAGAAGGUUAUAGAGUGUAUAUGGUAAAACUCCAUUUUAAACUGCAAAGAUAUAUUGUUAUUCUAGUUUUUAAAUAAUUAUCUAGUUUCUACAAGUUUCUAUGACUUUUUUAGGUACGUAGGUACGUACUUCAAUUAUUAUUUUACUAAAAAGCCUUUAUAGUUUUUGUGUAGAGCCAUAUAAGUUUUAGCCAAAAUUGAAUGAUUUUGCUUAUUUUUACUUUGGAAAGAAGAUUAAUGAUUAAUGGAUUGUUAAUAUAAACAGGAUUGGGAAACAGCAAAUGCUCAGAUAAUACAUCUUUUUACUAAUCUCAAUAUUAUAGAUAUGCUUGUUGUUAGAGUAUAAGUUUUGUUUCAGACUGUUGAUUUUAGAAGUCCAAUGCGCUAUCCAUUGCGCCACAGAGCCAGACCAGACUGUUGAUUUUAGAGUGUUAUGUUUGGGGUGUUUGUUUUGUAACUAGGUGAGCUUAUGCUAUACAUGGUAUUCUUGAAGUAAAUGUUUGCCCCAGCUUACGGAUAUGGUCAUGGAAGCAUAUUCGGGAACAUACAUGAACAGGAUAUAUCUCUUGAUGUAUUUGGCUCUUCUUUAGGAGGUUAAAGAAAAACUCUUGAGAGUCUGUGAAAAUCCUGCUUUAGAUGAGGUGUUCUAGAAUGAAGUGACCAAGUGAUACAAUGAGGCUUUAUAACAACUUUAGUUUGUCAAUUUCAGGUUUAAUGUUUAGAAAAGUAAGAUUGAACAUUGAAAGUUAUAUUUUUGGAUUUUUAAAAAUGUUGGUUUAUCUGAUUUAUUUGAUGAGUACAUAAUGUAUAGGGAAAUGGGGAGAGUGUCAGGGUGAUCAUUGCUUUAUUGAACAAAUUUUUUUUUCUAAUAAAGUUACAUCUGUUAUGUGAUGUUGUUAAUAUUACAUUAAAUUUAGUUUCAUUCAUGCAUAUAUGGAGGUGCAGCAAUGUAUGUGUUUUAUGUUAAGCUGUGUAGUUCUUAGCAUACUUGAUGCUGAUAUAAUUUGAAUCUUUUUGUAAGAAACUCUGGUAUUUUGGUUUAAUAUAAUACUUAAAGCCUAAAAUAGAUUUAGUAUCUUCAUAGUGUUUGACAAGUAACUUAGGUUUUUUCAGCCUAUGCCUUCCUUUGUCUAGUUUGUCACAGACACUGUGGCAAAGCUGGUAAGUCUGUGUGUUCAUAUUUAGGUUGGGUUGUUAGCCAGGAUAAUGGUAGAGGGCAAGAGGAAGAUCCCAGAUGAGAAUCCUUUGAUAUGUGUCACCAUCUUUUUUCAUGGAAAACUCAUUAUAUAAUAAAUUUUUUUCUAUAUCAUGUCACUAUAA